UCGGACAUGGUCCCACUCUGUCGCCCAGGCUGAAGUGCAGUGUGGUGAUCCUACCUCCCUGCAGGGUGGAAUUGCUGGGCACCAGUGAUCCUACUACCUCAACCUCCUGAGUAGCUAGUACUACAGAGGCACCACCGUGCCUGGUUAAUUUUUCAACAAUUUUUUUGUAGCUACGGGGUCUUACUAUGUUGCCCAGGCUGGCCUGGAACUCCUGGCCUCAAGCAAUCCUUCCAUCUCAGCCUCCCAAAACGCUGGGAUUACAGGCAUAAGCCACCACGCCCAGCAAGUUUAAGUUUUAAAUGUGCAAAAUAUUUAGGGGUAUAUAUCUCUCCAUGAAUGGUGAAAGAGAAGAGAAUAUUUCUUAAUAAAUUAAUUCCUGGGAAUUACACUAUAAUUGAUACCUACAGCGAUUUAAAGUUACUUCACUGUAGCUAUUACUACAUGCAGAAGAUUUGGAUUUUACGCUUGCUACUUCCUCACUCUUGAGUAAAUUAUCCUUUCUAUGCCUCAGUUUCCUCAUCUGAAAAAUAGGCAUUAUAGUAAUAUAUAUAUGUCAUUAGGCUGUUCUGAGGAAUGUGAUAAUAAUACACGUAAAAUGCAGUUUCUGGCACACUGUAAAUGUAACAAACGUUUGGCUGUUAUUACUGGCGUUUCUCAGACGGUUAUUAUUUUUUACAUGUGAGUAGAUUAAUUCAGAGUAUUUUUUCAGGAAACAAACACUUGAAUACCUAUUUGUCCAAGGCGCCGGGGUUACAGGGAAUUCACUAAAUAAAGCCUCUGGUCUUACAUUGUACAGAGGGCGCUGAAGAGACGAGAAACAGGUUAAACAAAGAAAAAGACGGUAAGUUCGGACACAACCACUGCCAUAUUUAGAGUAAUGUAUACCAGCCCUGCGCGCCAGAAUUCUUUCCCUCGAGGCUGCCCCAGGAAUCCCUUUGGCCUCUGCCGUUGGACGUCAUAGAAUGCGCGACCAAUCGCGGUCGGCUCCCGGAACUUCACUCUUCUCUCUCUUCCUGCAAACUUGACACGCCAUUUGUUUCUACGUCUGACAUCCCCCUCUCUUCUCUGGUCCCUGGGAGAUUUUUGCAAGCAAGGCCAGACCCCAACGCCUGAUCCAGCACCGAGAGAAAGAGCCCGACGUGCGGCGCACUCGAGUGACGACACACUCGAGUCUCCGCCAGAGUACGUCAUUUCCGGAACGCUUUCUUCGCGGGGCUUUGUGGGUAGCCGACCGGGGUCUCCUGGCGACGACGAUGGCGGGGGAUGUGGGCGGUCGCAGCUGCACGGACUCGGAACUGCUGCUGCACCCCGAGCUGCUGUCCCAGGAGUUCCUUCUCCUUACUCUGGAGCAGAAGAACAUAGCUGUUGAAACUGAUGCAAAAAUAAACAAAGACAGUCUUACCGACCUUUAUGUCCAGCACGCAAUACCAUUGCCUCAGAGGGAUUUGCCGAAGAAUAGAUGGGGGAAAAUGAUGGAAAAGAAAAGAGAACACCAUGAGAUUAAAAAUGAGACUAAAAGGAGUAGCGCUGUAGACGGGUUAAGGAAAAGACCCCUCAUUGUAUUUGAUGGAAGUUCAACAAGUACAAGCAUAAAAGUGAAAAAGACAGAGAAUGGAGAUAAUGAUCAACUCAAGCCUCCCCCUCAGGCAAGCUUUACCAAUAAUGCCUUUAGAAAAUUAUCAAAUUCCUCUUCGAGUGUUUCACCCCUAAUUUUGUCUUCCAAUUUGCCUAUGAACAAUAAAACGGAACACAAUAAUAAUGACACUAAACAGAACCAUGACUUAACGCAUAGGAAAAGUCCUUCAGGCUCUGUGAAGUCGCCACCAUUGUCCCCUGUUGGAACUACUCCAGUGAAGUUAAAGCGAGCUGCUCCUAAAGAAGAAGCAGAGGCCAUCAAUAACCUGAAGCCCCCACAAGCAAAAAGGAAAAUACAACAUGUUACUUGGCCCUGAAGGAAAGUUUCCGAAAAUGUAAAUAUGCUGUAACUGUAGUUUUUCAAAUAUGUUCAUAUAUAUUGACAGUAUUUACAGAAAUCCUGUUUAUUGUGGAAUUUUCUUAAGAGGUUUCAAAUAGGUUUAAAAAAAUGAAGGAUUUAUUUUCCUUUCCUUCUUCCCUCCCUCCCUCCCUUUCUUUUUUAAAAUUCUUGCCUGUCUUGCCCUGAUUAGAAAGAAUAUCUUUUAAACCAAUGGCUUAGUUUAUGUCAUUUAUAUUGACCCUGGUCAAAUCAUUAGCUACAAGCCUACUAUAAAGCAUCCAGUGAAUUGGCUGGGCACGGUGGCUCACACCUAUAAUCCCAGCACUUUGGGAGGCCGAGGCGGGGAGAUCACCUGAAGUCUGGAGUUCCAGACCAGCCUGACCAACCUGGAGAAACGCCAUCUCCACUAAAAAACACAAAAUUAGUCGGGUUCGGUGGCGCAUGCCUGUAAUCCCAGCUACUCAGGAGGCUGAGGGAGGAGAAUCGCUUGAACCCAGGAGGCGGAGGUUGUAGUGAGCCAAGACCAUGCCAUUGCACUCCAGCCUGAGCAACAAGAGUGAAACUCUGUCUUCAAAAAGAAAAGCAUCCAGUGAAUUUUAGGAGUUAUUCUCAUUAGCCUUGUUCAGAGUCUUGGGGGAAAUUUGAGAUUUUUUUUUUAAAACUCAAGUAUUUUGCUAGUUUGCCAUUUUUAUUUCUUU